AUGUUCUUAUCCAAGCAGGUGCUGCAUGCAGAGACGAACGAUACGCAUCAGCUGAGCUACAUCCAAGAGUCUCUCGGCAACACCGUGGUUCAGCGCGUCUUUCAUGUUCGCAUUUUGCUCGACGAACGCACUGUGCUUGCGCACCGAACGAUCGCGUCGGACGAGGCGCUGCAACCGUACGACCACGACGAGUCGUUCCAAGAAUGGUGUGAGGUCCGAGACAUUGGAGGCGACACUUGCCUGGUGCGCGCCGUCGCCUUCACUGAGCCGCGCGCCAGAUUUUCGUCGCUCGCCGCGUACAUGCAGACGCUGUACCCAGCGCAGUACGCCCUCGCGCUCGACAGCCUCGACGGACACGACGAGGGUAGCCCGUCGUGGGAGCCCUACUUGCAUCGCGUCAUGCUGACGCAUGGUAUUGCGUGCGUCGAUCAGUGCUUUGCAGCAUUGGAGCGCGCUCUAGAGCAGGUGCAAGCGCAUCCGAAGGCUGACGUAGCGAUAUAG